AUGAGCUUGAGGCUCUGGAACCCCGACCGGGGCAUCCACGUGAAGACCUACAAGGGCCCUCACAACCACGAGGUGCUGGAUGUUGUCAUCGCCGAGGACAACGCCAAGUUCGUCUCGUGUGGCGGAGACAAGGACUUUUUUCAGUGGGACGUCACCUCGGGCAACGUGAUCCGAAAGUUCGUGGGCCACGACAGGAGGGUCAACGCCCUGGCCCACGGCCCCGACGAGGCGGUCUUGCUCAGCGCCUCCGCUGACAAGUCCGUGCGCAUAUGGGAUCUGCGGACCCGUGAGCGGCGGCCGAUCCAGGUCCUCAGCGACGCCACGGACGCGGUGUUGUGUGUGUGCGCGGCGGGCGACGAGAUCGCCACUGGAAGCGUGGACGGCUCGUUGCGGCGGUACGACGUGCGCAUGGGGCUGCUGGUGACCGACAAGCUGCUGCAGCCAAUCGGCAGCGUGUCCUAUUCUAGCGACCGGGCGUGCGUAAUCGCCUCGACGCUGGACAGCAGCGUUCGCCUGAUCGACCGAGACACUGGUGGCGAGCUGGCCCGGUUCCGGGGGCACACAAAUUUGAAAUUCAAGUUGCAGAGCACCCUGGACCCCAGCAACGCCUACGUGGUCAGCGGCUCCGAGGACGGCCGGGUGUGCAUGUGGGAUCUGACAGACGAGUCCGUGUCGUGCGCGCUGACUGGCCACCGCGGGCCGGUGAUGUGCGCCAGAUUCCACGAGGGCACGCUCGUCACGGGCUCGGCAGAUUCCACCGUCAAGGUGUGGGCGGCCGCCCUCACGCCGCCCAGUGCGCCGCCGCGCACACCGCUGGCCGGCGCCUCGCUGAGCGGCGUGCUGCCCACCGCUUUCGGCCAGCAGCCCGCGCCCCGCGCGCCGCCGCGCCGCGCCGCCACGCCUGGCGCUGCCGCACCCGGG